UGUAAACACGACGUUCUUGACGUUUGAGAUCAGUUCUUUGGCCGCUAUGACAGGCUGCUGUGUGCCACGAUGUACUAGUUCGCACGCGAGAGGCCAGCGGAUGUUUCGCUUCCCUCGCAACUGCCAGCGAAGAAAAAAAUGGGAAGCACAAGUGAAACGCGAUUGCUGGCAUCCGACCGACAGCACCAAGAUAUGCGAGCUCCAUUUCGAGGACAGCCAGUUCGAGGCAAAUCGUCAGGAUGGGCGCCGGUUGUUGAAGUGUACAGCCAUACCUACACUUUUUGAUUUCAUGCUGGGAAGAAAAGAUGUGCAAACGCAGUGCGCUGUGCAUAUGGACAUCAAAACAACCCAAGCGAAUAUCAGGCCCCAUACAAGAAGCACAUGUAUCCAAACGAAGGCGCUAAUGAAAGACGUGGAAUGUCAGACAAACUUGGAGCUGCCUGAUAUUUUACUGAUGGAGGAGGUGCAGUAACGUUGCUCAAUGCCAUUGCCAUCUCAGCCGUCUUUCACAUAUGAAGAUGACCAUUGUGAUAAAUCAUAUGAGCCUGCGCUGAACAGCACAGCUGCGUGACAAUGUGUUUGUUGCUUUAUAUGAGUUUAUAUUAGAAGAAACUUGUUAUGGAAUGGCUGUGAGAUUGGCAUUCAUUGGUUCACGGACAUCGUGCAUCUAUCUUUAGUGUGAGCAGUAGCAUUAUCCCAGCAUGCACCAGCAUUACCAAUGCAAUUAUAACAGAAAAAAAUACCCAAAUGAUGGACAGUUGUACACAAUCAUCAUGCUUUGCUCAACAAAUGUUUAUAUGAAUGGCUUGCGGUAGCAUCGUGAAGGCUUUUUUUUGUGGCUUCUUGUAGCAUUUUUUUCUGCUAGAAGUUGCGUGAACAUAGUGUACUAUAAUGUAAUAGAACACCUCACUAAUGUACAGGGAAUGCCAGACCAUGUAUAGAAAAAAUGUGGUGUAAGCAGCAUGGCCUUCAUUAUUGCCAUAUUAUUGCAAAUGCAUUGGCCACAUAUCGUCACAUAUCUAUAUCUGGGCUUUGCCACUAUAAAAGAAAGACACUGAACACCAGGACAUACAAACCACAUUUUGUUUUUGCUCACUUCUUUCUCAUUUUCCUCAGUUUGUCAAAUGAAGUUUGCACUUUGGAUUCAUGGCAUGUGUGUACAUGUUUGUGACUCAAAAAUGUUUGCAUCUAACGCUUCAAUUACAGUUGAAACUCGAUUUAACGAAGUGAUGACCGCGCUGAAAUUAUUUCGUUAAAUCGGGAAGUUCAUAAAAUCGAGAAAGCAAUGCUUCGGCCCUUCGAAUUCUAAAAUGGUAACGUAGCGACACCCAAAAGGUACCGUGGAAUUUUAUUGGCCACAAACGCGUGCUUGUGCGUGUGAAAAGUUCGCGGAGGCAGCCCGGACAUGGAGCCUUCAGCAUCAUUCGAACAUAAAGCCUCCCAUACCCAAGCGAUAAGGCAAGGUAGGCGGUCACAUCAAGCUAUGAUAGGCUCUCAAUAUUCAAAGACGGUAAGAACGAAUGCACUUAGCAGGCAGAGCAAGUAACUUGCAAGGAGACGAUUUGUGCCAUUUGUUACAUAUAAACCAUUAAAGAGUGAAAGGAAGCACUGUGCUCCUGAGGAAGCAUUUACCGGGCCAAGAAACCACCACUGCCUCUAGUGCCAUUUUGUGGGCUCUAGCUGUGUGGCAGCCCCCCCCCCCCCAUGACUUUUUUUCUGCCAUUGGAUAGAGAGCACCGCUCGACCACACUUACUUGUUUGAGACGAGUUUCAUGUUUGUAAUAAAGACUUCGUUCCUGAGUUUGUGUUGCUUGUCAUAAAACACUGUAGCAAGAUACUUUGCACUCUUUCCAAUCAUGGUUCUGUGGAUCACGUGGGUUGCUGAAAAGGUUAGUUUCUAGGUGCGAAGGGUGUCAAUGGUGUAAGAAAAAGGAAGUCAACUGAAAUAAAGAGAUGCCUACAAAAACUUGCUCAUGCAGUAGCCAAUGAAAAGAUUAUUGGGA